AUGUUCCAGGAAACUUCUCGUAAUGAAACCCCUCCUCCAGAAGACUCUCAGACAGAAACACAACCCCUAGGCGACUCAUCCAACACCUCUCCACAAACAGACGACCCACGGAUCACCAAUACCAAUCCCCAGAACAGGCAGUCACCGACCAUCGAAGAGUCCCAGAGGCUCCAGACGAGAACGACUCAGUCUCGAGUCUUGCCAGCCAGUCCCCUCGCCUCUCUAGACCUCCGCGCUCUCGCUAGACGGACACCGCUUGAGGAACUCCAGCGGGACAUGUCGUUUGUGAUCCGCAUUCGCGACGCGACUCUCGACGACGGCAUUGGUCUCAAAGGCGAAGCUCUAAGGCGCCUUCGUGAUCCACCUCAAGAAAUUCUAGAAGUCCCCGAUAACCUCACUCUCCUUGGAAUGCAGAUGUACGACGCUAUGGAGAAGUCCUCUGAGAAGACGUACAAUCAUGUACGUGCAUCGAUACACCACAACUUAGCUGGCGCCCAGAUUCCAUCACUCGACGACAUCAAGAAACAGAUCGCCAACAUUACAGGCAUUGAGGCCGUCGAGGAUGACAUGUGUGUCGAUGGAUGCGUCUGCUUUACAGGACCACUCGCAGGUCUCGACUCCUGCCCAGACUGCCGAAAGUUGCGCUGGGAUGAAGCCCGACUACGAUCAUCUGGCGGCAAGAAAAAAAUACCCCGUGCCGUCAGCACCACGUUCCUCCUCGGCCCGAUGAUACAGACCAAUUGGCGCCAUCCAGACACUGCCAACAAAAUGAAGUACCGACGAACACGAACACGCGAGAUUUUUGAACAGAUGCGACGGAAUUCCAAUGGUCUGCCUGAUGUAUACGACGAUAUUAUUACAGGGUCGGCCUACCUUCAAGCUGUACGCGAAGGCAAAAUACGCGAUGAAGACACUGUUUUCAUGCUCUCAAUCGACGGUGCACAGCUGUCCCGACUCAAAGAAUCAACCGCAUGGAUAUAUGUCAUUGUCCUUGUCGACUUGUCGCCGGGCCUUCGAUACAAGAAGCGGUAUGUUCUACCGGGAGGCAUUAUCCCAGGUCCUCAUAAACCGAAGUAUGUUCCGUCAUUCCUCUUCACCGGGAUGCACCACAUUUCGGCUCUGCAAAAAGAGCCCCUGGCUAUAUGGGACUCAAGCUCAGAUCAUCUGUAUCGGUCUUAUCUCUUCAACAUCCUUACGCUCGCGGACGGACCUGGCUUACUAUGUUAUAGCAAUAUGGUUGGUCAUAACGGCAAGUACGGGUGCCGUGUCAGCUGCGACCACUAUGGUCGUCGGAUCACUGGCUCGGUCUACUACCCUGCUCUGCUUGCUCCCGACGGCUUCACUGGCGACGCUCGAGGCGACAUCGAUCCCAGCUCGAUCCAUGGCUGCUCCUCUGUGAUCUAUGUACAGAGGCUCGAGAGGCUAAUGGGCUCCCAGACACGAGCUAGCUUCAACAGGAACCGUCUCGAGACAGGCAUUGUGGGGCCGAGCCUCCUGCUUGGUCUACAGCCCGACAAGAUACUCGGUAUUCCUGAGAACUUCACGUCGGAGAUCAUGCACUUCUGUGCAGCUAACAUGGCCGAGCUCUGGAAAGGACUCUGGACUGGCGAAUUCAUUCAUGACACGGAUGAUAUUCGCACCUGGCAUUGGGCUGUACUGCAGGGCGACACUUGGGUCGAACACGGGCUUCGCAUCGUUGCAACCCACCAGCACCUCCCCAUAUCUCUCGACAAGCUCCCUCGCAACCCCGAACAGCGAGGAAACUCAGGCUACAAGGCACAGGAGUACAACACCUGGCUCUAUUGUCUCUGCCCCGCCCUUCUAUUUGGUGUUCUUCCUCUGGAAUACUGGCGGAACUUCUGUCUUUUCGUCAAGGGUCUCCAAAUUAUGCAUCAAUUUAGUAUCACCCCUCAGCAGCUUCUGGAAGCCAAGAUAACGUUCGACACCUGGGAACUCGAAUUCGAAAGGAUCUACUACAAGAAAAUGCGGAAUCGCCUUCAUCUUGUAAGGCCUUGUGUUCAUCUUUCUCAUCAUUUGGCACCCGAAGCAGCUCGAGUCGGUCCUCCUAUGUGCUCGUCUCAGUAUCCCAUGGAACGCACGAUCGGAAAUCUCAAAGAGGAGCUCAGACAACCGUCCAACCCAUUUGCAAACCUUGCGAAACGAGGUCUACGCCGAGCACAGCUGAACGCUGUCAAAGCGAUGAUGCCGGACUUCGACAUCUCUCCGGAACACAACAAACAAGAUCCUGCAGCCUCGUGUGCUCUUGGCGACGACUACUUGCUUCUGUUCAAGCGAGCAAAGACACCUACCAGUACGCUCAGCCAGCGUGAGCGUGAAGUUCUCUUUGAUUUUCAUGGCACCCCCAUCUCGACUGUCUUACGCUGGGCUCGUCUCAGGAUCCCGACUGGACAGAUUGCUCGGUCACUUUGGGGGGAGUUGUCCAAUUCUCGCUGUACCCGUCGAUCGCGUAAUGUAAAAGUGCGUGAUUAUAUUAUAUUUGACGUAUCUUAUCGCUCUCUAACAAACAGACAGGACGAAGUCCAUAGCCUGGCUCUUGUCCAACUGUACUCCAAACCUCACGCAAGAAUGCUUGAGCUAUCAAAUGGUCAAGUAUAUUCCUCUACACACGGCGGCGAAGCGUCGCUCUGUCUGAUCGAUGUAAAAUCGUUUCUGGCUGUUGUCGGCAUGGUCCCUCACACGCUUGCAGCUCUCGAUGAUACCAACGACCAGCCCCGCUUUUUCCUUGCAGAAAAGAUGGGGUUAGACGUGCUCAGGAUUGGUGGAGUCGAAGAGCCAGAGGGUGGAGAGUAUGAUGGGGUCGAGAUCAACGAGGAAGACUAUUAG